AUAGCGGACCUUACCGGAUACCUUAGGUUUUUCCGGUGCUCUCGCGGAUAAUGAAUGCCCUCGAAGCUGAAGCAUGCUAACGCACCGUCCUAUAAAGCAAUGUCUCACAGGGAUAUCUCUGAGGUGGAGCCCGAAGGUUCGUCGGCUCUGGCAGUGGGCUCGCGGACCCUUUUCCUCGAGACGGUGCGCAGAAGCAACGCAGCUUGCCAAAAUGGGGACUAUGGGCUCGCGGCUACCCUCUACACGGAGGCCCUGGCCCUCGAUCCCCUCAGCCACGUUCUCUACUCGAACCGAUCGGCCGCUUACCUCAAGAUGGGUAUGUUCGCGCAGGCCCUCCAGGACGCCGUCCGAGCCACCGAGCUGAGCCCCGAAUGGCCCAAAGCAUACUACCGCCAGGGGGUGGCAUUGCAAUGCCUGGGCCGGUACGGGGAGGCCCUCGUGGCGUUCAGCGUCGGGUUGGCGCGAGAGCCGGAUAACCGGCAGCUUUUGUCGGGCCUCGUCGAGGCAUCGCUCAAGUCCCCGUUGCGCGUCACCCUCGAGCCGACUUUUCAGCAAUUGCGCGCCAUGAAACUCGACGAAUCCCCCUUUGUCGUGAUAUCGGUCGUUGGGCAGGAGCUACUUGGCCAAGCGAGCACCGUCGGCCAAUAUCGGGCUGCGGCCGGAGUGCUCGAGGCAGCCCUUGCCAUCGGCUCGUGCAGCCUCAAGUUGCGCGGCAGCGUUUUCUCGGCACUAUCGAGCGCAUACUGGGCUCUCAAUUCUCUCGAAAAGGCCAUAAGGUUCAUGCAAAAGGACCUCGAGGUGGCCCGCUCUUUGGGCGACACGAGCGGCGAGUGCAGGGCGUACGGAAACCUCGGCUCGGCCUACUUUAGCCAGGGCAGAUACGAGGAGGCACUCACGGCCCACCGAUACCAGCUCGUCCUAGCGAUGAAGAUCAAAGACACGCAGGCAACGGCCUCGGCCCUGUCGAGUCUCGGACACAUGUACACGGCCAUUGGCGACCUGCCCAACGCCCUUGCCUCCCACAAGCAGGCCCUCGCUCUCGUCAAGCAGAUCGGCGAUCGGCUCCGGGAGGCCCGUGAGAUAGGCAACGUGGGCGCCGUCUAUCUCGCCAUGGGUGAAUUCGACAGCGCCAUCGACUGCCACACGCAGCACUUGCGAAUAUCUCGCCGACUGGGAGACAAGAUAGAGGAAGCACGAGCAUUUACCAAUUUGGGCUCGUCCCAUCAUUACAAGAGGAACUUUAAGCAAGCAAUGACCUAUCACAAGAACGUGCUCAGAAUAGCGCGAGAAGUGGGCGACAAGGCCAUGGAGGCUCGAGGUUACGCCGGUUUGGGUCACGCAACACGUUGCGCAGGCGAUCUGCAACAAGCCAAAUUGUGGCACCAACGUCAGUUGGACAUUGCGCUAACGACCAAGGACAAGACCGCCGAAGGACGAGCAUGCAGCUGCCUCGGGAUCGUGUACCAUCUAAUGGGUGACCACGACGCGGCUCUCAAGCUACAAUUGUCGGCGGAAGGGAUCUUUCGCGCUCUCGGGGACAAGGCAAGUGUUGGCCGGGCCUGUGGUAAUAUCGGAAACGCUUACAACGCGCUUGGCUACUACGAGCAAGCGAUCCAGUAUCACAAGAUGGAACUGGCCAUUAGCAAAGAGGUAAACGAUAGGAGCUCCGAGGCUAACACCCAUGGAAACCUGGCGGUAGCCUACCAGGCGAUGCAGAACCACGAGUCGGCGCUGCGCCAUUACCGAGCCCACUUGGCCAUAGCCCGCGAAUUGCACGACGCCGAGAGCGAAGCUUGCGCUCUCCUCAAUCUCGCAAACUGCCUAGCUUCAAAGGCGCGCUUCGACGAGGCCGUACCCUACUACGAAAACUACCUUAUGCUCUCGCAGGAGCUGCACGACGUCGAAGGCGAAGCCAAAGCCUGUCACUUUCUCGGCUACGCGCACUACUGCUUGGAAAAUCACAGGGAAGCUGUGCGCUACUAUGAUCAGGACCUUGCUCUGGCCAAAGAUCUGCGUGGCGAGGAUGGACAGGCCAGAAUGGGCAAAGCUUACUGCAAUCUUGGACUGGCUCACCUCGCUCUCGGCAACAUUGACACGGCCCUAGAGUGCCAAAAGUAUUAUUUAGCCAUAGCCCACAUGACGACAAACAUUGCCGGAAAAUUUCGGGCAUUGGGUAACAUCGGAGAGUGCCUGGCACGGCUGGGCGAGCUGAACGAAGCAAUAAAGAUGCACCAACGUCAGCUGAGUCUCGCGCGUCAGGCGGGAGACCGAAAUCUCGAGGCGGCGGCGUACGGAGCCCUCGGACUGGCCUACCGGACGAUUCGCAGCUUCGACAAAGCUCUUGGUUUUCACACGCAGGAGCUCACUCUCAAGCAGGAGGAGAGCGAUUUGAGGGGUGAGUGUCGAGCCCACGGAAAUAUUGGGGCCGUGCACAUGGGUCUUGGCCAAUAUACCCUUGCUGUAAAAUGCUACCAGGAACAGCUCGAGCGUGCUCGGGAGCUCGCAGACUUGGAUAUCGAGGCACAGGCCUUAGGUAAUCUGGGAAUAGCUCAACUGAACAUGGCCCAUUACGAUGAGGCAAUAAAUUACUUUGAGCAGGAGCUCGUGUACCUCGAGCAAUCGUGGUCGAGCGACACGAGAGCCACGGGUGCAGGCACGACGCUACUCGAAAAAAUCAGAGCCCUCGGCAAUUUGGGCGACUGCUACGUGUCCUUGGGUCAGACGACGGAGGCCAUCAGUGCCUACGAACAACAGCUCGCGGCCGCGCUACAAUUAAGAAACGUCAAAGAGCAGGAGAAGGCUUACCGUGGCUUGGGCCGAGCUAGGGAGGCCUCUGGAAAUCAUCACGAGGCUCUGGUUUGCUUCGAGAAAAUUCUCAUGCUGGCCGCCCACGAGGCCGACUGUCCCGAAUCAAGAGCUGCCGCUUACGGCGAUCUCGGCCGAAUACACGCGAGUUUGCGAAAUUACGAGCAAUCGGUGAGCUGCCUGACCCACCAGUUGACACUCGCGCGUGGCCUUGGUGACAAAAACUUGGAGGGGGAGGCCGCGAGCAGCCUCGGGGCCGUGCACCUGCUCAUGGACGAGCCCAGCGUCGCGCUUCAGCACCACGAGCUCGAGCUCGCGAUCGCCGAGAAUCUUGGUAACGCCGGUCUCCAGGCGAGGGCCUGCGCCAAUCUGGCCACGACCCGCGAGGCCCUCGGACAGCACGAGGAGGCGAUUCGGCUGCAACAACAGUCGCUAAGUCUCGCGGCCAAGGCAGCGGACCUCCCCGCUAGAGCCACGGCCUUUGCCGGCCUCGGGCGUCUCCAUCACUUGCGAGGAGACCUCCAGCGAGCCCUGAGUUUCCUGCAAUCGAGCCUUGCUCUGUGGGAGGGCUUGGGUCAUCGAGAGGAGGUAGCACGACUGUACCAUCGGAUUGGCUUCGUGUACUGGGCCAACGGUGACGCGGAAGCCGCCUUUAAGCAGCUGGAAAAGGCCGCGGCUCUAUUGGACUCGGGUGAUGAUGGCUUCCCCGUGGGCCUUGCCCCGAGGAUAAUUAGCUGUCCCAAGCAGCCCAGCCGGGCGGAGCUUCUUUCACAGACGUCUCGGACACUGCAAAAGAUACUGGUGAGCUUGGGACGAAACGAGGAGGCUCUCGGUUGGGCGGAGAACGCGAGGCGCUCGGGGGGCCCCACAUCUCGGGAGGACGCGGCUACUCAUUACUCCGAGAUCGUGGACAGGCAACGAGGCAUCGUUAUUUAUUACAGCGAGGUCAUCGAAGAACAAGAGCUGUACGGCUGGUGCCUGGCUCCCGGUCGUGGGCUCCUGCGAUUCGUAAGGAGCAGCCUCGCGGGAGAUCCUAGCCUUGCCCAAAUGUCCCAUAAGGCUCGGGAGGCCCUUUUACUUGGAGAUAAUGCCGGAUCCGAGAUGCUUAACCUCGAGGACGCCAAAAUGCCGGCUCGUGGCAACCGGCUCAACGCGAGCUCGUACAGCUUGUCCUCGCUUUUUAGCUUGAAUUCCAUUAGUUCGCGCACGGGUAGCGUGCGUUGGGCCCAACAGCAGCAGGAAGUCGUUGGUGGCACAGUAUGGCAGGCACCGGCGGCUCUUCAGAGCCUCUACGAGCUGCUUCUGGCCCCUUUUGAGGAUCUGCUUCCACCACCGAGGCAACAACUCGUCCUCGUCGUCGAGCCGUCCCUGUUUUUGGCCCCCCUGCCUGCACUCCAGUCCAAAUCGGGAGAUGACUACCUCUGCGAGAGAUUUUCGUUGCUAGUCGUGCCGUCGCUGAGCGUGCUGAGGCGACGCUUCAAGUGCCCGAUGCCGGAGGGUAGCGCGUCGGUGGCUGCUCUGGUGGUCGGGGACCCGAGUUUACCGGUCAAAGUGCGCGAGGAGCACGAUUGGCUCGAGAGCGUCCCAUCAGCCGAGGCGGAGGCCAACAUAGUUGCCGAAUUGCUCGAGACUAGGCCUCUCAUUGGAGCGGAGGCGACGCGCUCGGCCGUGUUGCGUAGCUUGGCGGACGCCGAGUGCGUGCAUUUGACGGUGCCCGUGUUCUGGGAGCCGGAUGGCUGCCUCGGACUUGCGUCGGAGCAAUGCGAAGGGGAGCCGGCCACCGGGAAUCCCGACCAUCUGCUGGACCUUUGCGAUUCGGGUCGAUCGCAGGAUGAGUGCGGCAGACUGGCGGCUCGGCUGGUCGUCGUGUCGAGCGGCCACUGGGCCGAGGCGCAACCGGUCAAAGUCGACGGGCUACACCGGCUCGCGCGUGGUCUCCUCGCUGCCGGUGCCCAGUGCAUCCUCGUCGCCCUAUGGCCAGUGCCCACGACCGCAGGCAGUAUUCUUCUACGUGCCUUUUACAGUGCUCUCCUUCAGGGCCAACAGGCUAGCCGGGCUCUAGCCGAAGCGAUGCAGACGGUCCAGCACACCCGGCACUUUGCUCACCCGGCCAACUGGGCUGGCUGGCUACUACUGGGCGCCGACGCUCGACUAUCCAACAAGGUGGCCCUGAUGGGACAGGCAUUGGCAGAGAUGCUGGCCAACGGGCCCGAAAAGAGCCGGGACGCGCUGCGCGUGACUUUGCACCUCGUCGAAAAGUCACUGCAGCGCAUCAAUUGCGGUCAAAAAUCGGCCAUGUACACUACGCUCGCGAGCAUCGAGAACAAGGUGGGCUCGGCUCAGGGCUGGCGCGAACUCCUCAUGAGUGUGGGCUUUCGGUUCGAGCCCGCCGGCAAUGGUAUCCAGUCUUCGGUGUUCUUUCCACAGAGCGACCCGGAGGAACGGCUCACCAGGUGCAGCGCCAGCCUACAGGCUCUCCUUGGCCUUGGCCAAGUCUCCCUCCAGGCUCUCGUUCGGCUCCUCGAGGCACCCGAAGCGGCAGAGGACGUGAUAGCGGCCAUGCGACGAGCCAGUUGCGCCGUCGAAGGCCAAGAGAUCAGGUUGCCCGUGUGCGUUUGGCGUAUACCCGGCUCGCACGAGCUUUUUGCCAGUCUUGGCUUUGAUCUCAUGGAAGUGGGCCAGCUCGAGGUACAGCUGAGAACCGGCAAGCAGGCGUCGAGGCGGGCAGUGCAGUUUGCCCUCCAGGCCCUUCUCGCGCUAUUUGAUACGCAAGAGGCCCCGAAAAGUCUGAGCUUGGACUCGGCCAGUUCGAUGGAGAGCCUAGCGGCGCCACAUCAGGCGGCCGAGAGAGGAGCUGGCGGUAGUGGCGAUGGCAACGGGGGAGUGACGUCCGAGAGCGGGCCACGACUUGGGGGGGCGUACGCCGGUUACGUGAGACACCGCGGCGAGCCCGACGGAAAGAGGUCAUCUCCAAGCAGAUCGCUUUCACGGCUCAAUUUGCUGCAGAAACCUCAAGGUCGGUGGUCUCGAGUCGAGAACAUGGACAAGCCUGGGUCGAGCCUGAGCGUGGGCCGAGGUGCCAUUUACCCGGAAAAGUGCGGACCGAGGACGGGCUCGAGCUCCAGCGGCUCCACGGAUUGGGAGGAGGACGGGCACGGUACCGUGUUGCGCCGGCAGGCCGUACCCCCGGCCCUCCCACACACGGUACUCGAGCGCUUGAGCGUCAGAAGCGAGCUGGGUGCGAUACCCCGUAGGCCAACGAGCACGCAACAACAGCCGACUGGUUCUCCUACUGCAUCGGCCAACACGUCGUCCCUGUCGGCGGCGGCAGCCGCUGUGGCCUCGGCCGUCGAGGCCGUCGAGUCGGCGCUGCUGCUACAGGGCAGCGACGAACUCGGGACGGACUGCGGCAACAACUCCGAACCGUAUGACGCGUACCGCCAACCGAAGCAUCAGCAAAAUGGCCAUCACUACGGCAACGUGCGCAGCUUGACGAGCUUGACGGAGGUUUACCACGAGAAGAAACUUGGCCUAGGAUUGGCGCCUUCGCUCACCAAGUUGCUCGAGCACUUUGAAGACGUGGUCGGGGAUCCAAACUCCGAGGAGCAGGAUCAAGUGAUAAGCAUGAACAGCAUAAUCGUCGGGCACAGCCAGACGACCAAUUGGCUGCAAAACGAGGCGGAGCUGUGCCGAAGAGACGAGGCGGACGGCCGGUCUAUCGCCGAGUCCCAGUGCAGCGUCACCAGUAGCCACAAGACGCGCAGAAAGGCGCCUCCUCCGCCCGUCGCAAUCUAG